AUGGCCGCUUCAGUCGCACCUGGCGAACUUGCAGGUAUCAAUCUUAACCGCAUCCGGAUCUCUACAACUGCUGGAGGUGGCAGUGACGACUCGGACUCAGAUGCCGAAUCCUUUUCAAGUGCCACCGAAGGCGUCAAGGUUGCCGUUCAAGACGAUGAUGCACCUCCCGCUUUCCCCAGCUUGAAUAGCGCGCAGAGGCAGAGCUCCUCGACGAGCAAGGCAGCCGGCCCAUCCAAGGUCUCAACAUUCUUGCAGUCGGUCGCGCCACCAUCGACAAGCUCGAAUACACUCAUGGCACCGCCAUCAGGCCUGGCGCCUCCACGGAGCGGCGGCCUUGCUGCGCCACCAUCGACAUCAGCAUUGACGGCACCAGUGGGUGUCGGAGGGGCUUCAGGCGUACAAGGUGCAGGAGGUAAACGUCGAAAGAAAGUUGCACUCGCUCCCGGAUGCAGUCCACUGGAUUGGGCUAGACUUAAAAACAGCACCGAUCUAAGAGGCGGGGUCACCUCGUUAAUGAGGGUGACGCCGUCCGAACUCAAGAAGCAUAACACGCCAGAGGAUGCGUGGUCAGCUUUCUAUGGUAAGGUGUACAAUAUCACACCUUACCUUCCUUUCCACCCUGGCGGAGAGGACGAGUUGAUGCGUUGCGCUGGCCGUGAUGGCACACGACUGUUUGCUCUUACGCAUUCAUGGGUCAACAUCGAUUCAAUGAUCGACACCGCCAUGGUCGGCAUCCUCACAAGCGAAUGA